AUGUACAUGUGUAGCAAUACCGGCCUGUCUGGUUGGGCAGAGCUUAGAAAUCGCACUCGUCUUUGUUUUCACACCAUGCUUAAGCUGUUAAUUAAAACUGCCGUCCCGGUUGCCAACUUCCCGACUCGCUUUUUCCUCCGCUCACAUCCCCGCCUCCCCCUCGAUUCGUCGAUUUCUCAAAACACGUCCGACGGCACGAUACUUGUUUGA